UCGCCCCUCCCCCCAUCCCAAAAGAAAAGAAACCCUUCUUCAGAAAAAAAAAAGUGAAAAUCCUCUAAAGAUCUUGAAUCCUAAAAAGACAAGAACAGAGCAAAAAAAAAAAAAAAAAAAAGAAAGAAAGUUGUUUGAAGAAAAGAAAAAUUAUUAAUUUAGAGAAUGUCUUUAACAUGUGUGAAAAUGUCUGAGGAUGUUUGGUUAACUUGUCUUACACAUGCAUUGUCCACUGAAACUGAAGAGAUCAUGGGUCUUCUUCUCGGUGAUAUUGAGUACUCAAAAGAUGGAAAUGUUACUGCAUUGAUAUGGGGAGCAUCACCACAAUCACGAUCUGAUCGGCGGAAGGACCGAGUUGAGACAAAUCCUGAACAGUUGGCAGCUGCAUCAGCUCAAGCUGAUAGAAUGACUGCAUCGACUGGCAGAACAACACGAGUUAUUGGGUGGUACCAUUCACAUCCCCAUAUUACUGUUCUUCCUUCUCAUGUUGAUGUGCGGACUCAGGCAAUGUAUCAACUUCUAGAUUCUGGAUUUAUUGGGCUCAUAUUUUCUUGUUUUAGUGAAGAUACAAACAAGGUGGGAAGAAUACAAGUCAUUGCUUUUCAGUCAUCAGAUGGGAAACAGAAUCAUGUUACGGGACCAAUUGCUUUGUCACCACUGAAUAGAAGCUCAGUUAUCGAUCUUGAGUCAUCUCUAAGCUCUUCUGAAAAUCCGUUGUUGACAUCUGGAUCUGCAGAAGUAGAUAGUCACAUGCAAGACACUAGUGAUUCCAGACCGGUUCAAGGAUCUGCCAAGAGUGGGAUACGAUCUGUAGACUUAGGAGGUUUCUUCGCCAAUGCCGAUGCCAACUAUCUAGGGCAAGAGCAAGGCAGAGGUUACUACAAAACCAAUAAUAUACAGAAUGCUGUUGUUGAUAUUGAUCCCAUGGAUAUGUCGGAAAGCAUGCAAGAAGCCAUGCACCGCUCGAAUUUGGACAUGAGUGGUGCAGAGUAUGUUCGAAAAGAAAUUCCUCUGCAUGUUUUGCCAACAUCUUCUUUUGUUAAUCUUGACUCACCAUUGAAGUCAUUCACGGAUUUGCAACGUGUUCUAUAUGAAGAGGAGCGGGCUGCGUAUAACCAAGCCAUCUUGCAAACUAUGAGAGAUGGCAAAGUGCAUCCCCUCUCUUUCAUUCAUCACACGUCUACAUAUCAGGCUUCAAUGUGCAAGUUAAUUGAAUAUUGUUUAAGUCCUGCCAUCAGUGCACUUCAGGAUCGACUAAAAGAGAACGAAGUUCGGUUAGCAGUGUUGACGGAUGAAGCUAAGAUGUUGGAGACCGAAGCCUCCAAGGGGAGUGGACCAAGUUCUCCACACACUGUGUCACAUGGAUUCCGAGGAAGCACUUCGGUUGGCCAGAGAGAUUUGCAUAGUUCAACUGAACCCAUCAGCAUGAGGACAUUUUCUGGUCCCGGGAGCAGAAGCAGAAAGCGGUCUUAAUAAAAUUUCUGGACCUAUCCCUCUUCUCCCUGCAUUUUGUUAAACAUGUUUUGGGGUUUAUCGGAGGAACAUCUGCAACUCGAUUGGAGGUAUUGAAGUUCAAAAGAGUUUGUAACCCUUAAGAGAGUUGUUAGUGAUGGUUGCCUCCGUAGAAGUCUUUGAGGAAACAAACAAUGGUGAUGUACUGUAAAUAGUCUUGUUUCCUUGUGAUGUUGCAGUUUGGGGAGUUUCGAGUACCAUGUUUUUGACGAGGGGGAAGGGGAUUUUUGCCCUUUUAUUGUUUUUAUGUCUAUUUUCCUUGAAUGUACUUCUACUCUUUAAUUCAUGUUCUCAAUGAAAUGUUGUUCACUAUUUAUUUAUAUGGUUAAUAUAUAUUUUGGCGGUUGAACCUGUUUAA